GCUUGCAUACCGAAGCAUCUUUCUUCUCCCUUAUAUUUGGUUUGUUUUCUUCUACACAUCCAUUCAUUUCACAGAUUCCCUCCAAGAAAAGCAGACAGAGAGAAGGAGAGAGUAAGAUUAUAAUCGGAAGAGGAUAUGGACGGAGGCACGGAGAUGUACAGUGGACUUGAGACGAUGCAGUACGUAAGGAGGCAUCAUCAACAUAACUGCAGAGAAGACCAGUGUACUUCUGCUCUUGUCAAACACAUCAAAGUUCCUGUCCAUCUCGUUUGGUCAGUGGUGAGGAGAUUUGAUGAGCCACAGAAAUACAAACCAUUUGUGAGCAGAUGCACAGUGAUCGGCGAUCCUGAAAUAGGCAGCCUCAGAGAAGUUGAUGUCAGAUCUGGCCUUCCUGCAACUACAAGCACUGAGAGACUGGAGCUUCUCGACGACAAUGAACACAUAUUCGGUAUCAAAAUCAUCGGUGGUGACCAUAGACUUAAGAAUUACUCUUCGAUUGUGACGGUUCAUCCAGAGAUAAUAGAAGGAAGACCAGGAACAAUGGUGAUUGAAUCGUUUGUAGUUGAUGUUCCUCAAGGAAACACAAAGGAUGAGACCUGCUACUUUGUCGAAGCACUCAUCAGAUGUAAUCUGAAAUCCUUGGCACAUGUUUCAGAAAGACUGGCUUCUCAGGACAUCAUGAAUCUAUCAAUAUAAUCAAGAUGGAGGAGAGGAGGAGGCCACUAAAGGUGAAAGUAGUGUGUUAUUAUUCAUCAGGAAUUUAUGUUUUGGUUUGGUUUUAUGCAGACACUCUCCAAGAUUUCAUAUAUAUGCGUGUGUUUGUGUGUGUGUGUGAUAAUGAUCAGUUUCUUAUAAGAUGAAGAAGAUCUAUAUAUAUCUCCAAUGGUGAAUAAGUUUUGAUAUAAAAUGUUAUAUGACCGUUGCUGUGUUUGUA